CUAGAUAUUUCUUCACUCUUCUGCUUAAUAUUUCUCUCUCUUUUUCUGGGAGAGUGAAACCCUAACUGCAAUAUUCCGAAUUGGUCCUGUGGAGCCAAUAUAUCAGAAGGUCUAGAGGUCUGAGCUGGAAAGCGAAGAUGUCGUCGACGCUAUUGGAAGUGACUCGGGCGGGUCACGAAGAAGUGGAGCGGCUUGAGCGGCUCAUAGUGAAGGAGCUCCAGAACGAUCCAUCUAACAAUAAGGACCGCUUGUUCCAGAGCCACCGAGUCCGCCACAUGAUCGAUACCAUCACUGCCACCACCGAGAGACUUGUUGAAAUUUAUGAAGAUAAGGACAGUGCAAGGAAGGAUGAGAUUGCCGCUCUUGGAGGCCAAACUGCUUCUGGAACGAACGUGUUUAGUGCAUUUUAUGAUAGAUUGAAAGAGAUUCGUGAAUAUCAUAGAAAGCAUCCGGCCGCGCGUGUUGUGGAUGUUACUGAGGAGCAUGAAGCACUACUUAAGGAGGAACCACAGAUUGAGUUCAGUGGAGAGGAAGCUUUUGGAAGGUAUCUUGACUUGCAUGAAUUGUACAAUCAGUAUAUCAAUUCUAAGUUUGGAGAGCCUAUUGAGUACUCUGCUUACCUUGAUAUAUUUUCACAACCAGAUAAAAUUCCUCGCAAACUGAAGUCGACAAGACAAUACAGGGAAUAUAUAGAGAAUCUGUUGGAGUAUUUAAUAUACCUUUUUCAGCGGACCGAGCCCUUGCAAGACCUUGAUAGAAUGUUCUCAAAGGUUGAACUGGAAUUUGAAGAGCGAUGGGCAAAUGGUAGUAUAGAAGGAUGGGGAGAUAAUAGUCAAGAAAAUGGACAUGUUUCAGACCAUACAGUAAUUGAUCUUGAUUAUUAUAGCACUGUUGAAGAGCUGAUGGAAGUGGGUCCUGAAAAGUUAAAGGAAGCAUUAGGAGCAUUAGGACUAAAGACGGGUGGUACUGUGCUGCAACGUGCAGAGAGGCUUUUCCUUACAAAGCAUAUGCCUCUUGAAAAGUUGGACAAGAAGCAUUUUGCUAAAGGUUCACGUGGUUCAGAACGGAAUGGGGUUGGUGCAGCUCCAGAAGCAGGCAGUAAUUUGAAAGAAAUUGCCUUAAUGGAGGCGAAGAUAAUAAAAUUAUGUGACUCAUUGGAAGAGACAAUUGCACGAACAAAGGACAAUGUUGUGAAGAAGCAGGCUUUGACUUACGAGGAAAUUGAAGCAGAACGUGAAGAGGAAGAGACACAAGCUGACACUGAAAGUGAUGAUGACGAGCAGCAGAUUUACAAUCCCUUGAAGUUACCAAUGGGCUGGGAUGGGAAGCCUAUACCUUACUGGCUCUAUAAGCUUCAUGGGCUUGGUCAGGAAUUCAAGUGUGAGAUAUGCGGGAACUACAGUUACUGGGGGCGUAGGGCUUUUGAACGGCAUUUCAAGGAAUGGCGCCAUCAGCAUGGGAUGCGGUGUCUUGGCAUACCAAACACCAAGAACUUCAAUGAGAUCACAUCAAUUGAGGAAGCGAAAGAGCUCUGGAAAAAGAUACAAGAAAGACAAGGAGUGAACAAAUGGCGCCCAGAUCUUGAAGAAGAAUAUGAAGAUAAAGAGGGAAACAUCUACAACAAGAAGACCUACACUGAUCUGCAACGUCAGGGACUGAUCUAAGUAAAGAAAGAGGUAGCUCAGAACAUCUCAUGCAAGAUCCGAAAAACAAAAAAAAAAAAAAAAAAAAAAAAAAAAAAAAAAAAAGGAGGAAAACCGCUCGCUUGGACAACUUAACAUCUGAGGCUCAACUCCGGAGGACGUUUUAUUCAUGCUGUGGCAGCCAGUUGGGAUGAAGAUGUUCGGGAAUAUUGUAGGUUCUAUGUACAAUAUUUGUGGAGUAGAGAAAGGAAAAAGAAUUUUACAUUUAGAAUUCUUGUGGUGUUAUAUCACUCCCAAUUUCUCUUUUUAACCCGUUAACGAUCAAAUGUAUUGAUGCAAAACAAGUAUUCAACGGAUUUUUUUUUUUUUUUUUU